AUGGCUCCCCUCAGGCCCGAACGCUCCAUCUCGCCCUCCGAGCGACCCUCUUCACACAACUCCGAGCGGGGAACAAAGCGUGCCAGAACACAAUCAAUGCCGCCACCAGAGCUGCCAAAACUAGUGGCCGAGCAGCACACGCCGAUCCCGACAAAUGACAAGGACACGCAGCGGCUGAUUGUGGUGCUUUGCAAUGCGACACUGGAGACGUACAAGGCAUCGCACGGUAGCGGGCGGGGACCUGGGGCGCGCGAAGACAAGUACAACCUACUCAAUAGCGACGAUCACAUUGGAGUAAUGCGCAAAAUGGGGCGCGACAUCAGCGAGGCGCGACCGGAUAUCACACACCAAUGUCUGCUCACAUUACUCGACUCGCCAAUCAACAAGGCGGGCAAGCUCCAGAUCUACAUUCACACGUCCAAGAAUGUGCUCAUCAGAGUCAGCCCGACGGUGCGGAUCCCACGCACAUUUAAGCGAUUUGCGGGUCUGAUGGUGCAAUUGCUGCACCGGCACCAGAUCCGGUCAACGACAUCGCAGGAAAAGCUGAUUGAGGUGAUCCAGAACCCGAUUACAGACCACCUGCCGCCGAAUUGCCGCAAGGUGACGCUCAGCUUUGACUCGGAGGUGGUGCGUGUGAGCGACUACAUUGGCGGGCUCAACAAGGGCGAGAGCAUUGCCGUGUUUGUGGGCGCCAUGGCCAAGGGCAACGACGACUUUGCCGACGGCAUCAAGGACGACAGCAUUGCGAUUAGUCAGUUCAACCUCAGUGCCAGCGUUGCAUGCAGCAAGUUCUGCCAUGCCGCAGAGGACGUGUGGAAUAUCUUCUAG